AUGAGGAAAAUCAUAGACGCGGUUCUUUUUGGGCUGUUGGUGGCACUUGUUGCUGCCGUACCUUUGGACGAACCAGCUGCUGACAAGUGGAGCCUGGUCCCGGAUGCCAACGGUCGCUUGCAUCUGGUCAACACUAACCCUUACAAUCUUCCCGAUGUGGAACAAGAACCAGAAAAACGUUUCACCGCUGCUUCCGACACAAUCUUCCGAUUGUACACCAGAAGUAACCCAACUAUGCCGCAGGUUAUCGAGCUGAACAAUGCUGCGUCGCUGUCGAACUCCAACUUCAAUGCGGCCAAUCCGACUCGGUUCAUCAUCCACGGUUGGAACAAUGAUGGCUUCUCCGAAGUCAACCAGCUUUUGACGGCCUCUUGGCUGAGCCGGGGAGAUUUUAACGUGAUCACCGUUGACUGGGGAGUUGGAGCCAUCACCAUAAACUAUCCGUUUGCUCGAGCUCGUGUCAUGUCGGUCGGAUCCGUUGUAUCAUCCUUCAUAAAUUUCCUGCGGACCAGCGCAGGAAUCCAAUUCCACAGUGUUAGCAUAGCAGGUCAUAGUCUGGGAGCUCACGCUGCUGGUAAUGCAGGUUUCUUCCAGUUUGGCCGUUUGAAUACCAUCUUCGGGUUGGAUCCAGCUCUGCCACUGUUCUCGGCUGACAGUUCGGAUCGCAUUCACGCUAGCGAUGCGCAAUACGUGGAGACAAUUCACACCAAUGCGGGAUUACUGGGCUUCGAUCUACCGUUGGGAACCGCUUCGUUCUAUCCUAAUGGAGGCCGAAUUCAGCCGGGCUGUGGAAUCGACAUCGCUGGAGCUUGCGCUCACUCCCGUGCCUUCCAAUUUUUGGCCGAAUCUAUCGUGUCGGCAGGUUUCUCGUCGGUACCGUGCCAGUCCCAUCAGCAAAUUCUGGAGAAUAACUGUGGCGCAAUCGGUCCCAACCGUCCCAUGGGCGGAGAGCCAUCCAACAUCCACACCGGAACGCAGGGUGUGUACUUCCUAAACACACGUGGCGCGAGUCCAUUCUCGAUGGGCUGAGGGAUUCUAAUCAUGUCAACGAUGGUCAUUGCAAUGUUCUGAUAUUAAUAGUGUUCUAGUCCUUAUCUCAGUCAACACAUGAUCUAAUAUGAUGCUACAUACCGUUUUGGCUCAAAUUCCGGACAUGAAUUAUAUCCCGAACAGUGACGAUUUAACAUCCGAAUUUUUUUAUUGUUUUUGAAUCAAGAUUACAAGCGAAUGGGACGGAAGGUCGUUUAAUAGCGACAUUUCGGAAUACCAGUCAUGGUUGGAAUAUGAGUCAAAACGGUAGAAUGUUAAGAAGAGGUUUAUCAUGGACGAUUAUGUGUCGACUGGGAACUUAAUUUUAAAAGUACCUCUGACAUUUAUACUCUCUUAUCAAAAUAAACUAUACUGA